AUGACACAAACCAAAUCGCUAUCUUAUAGUGAAGAUAUAUUUAAUGAGAAGUGUCUAAUAUCUGUUUUUAAACAGUGGGAUCUUUGUUUAUCGAAUGCAGUGAUUAAAACUGGAGUGGGUCUUGGUGCAGGUAUUGUGGCAUCAGUAUGUCUGUUUAAACGGAAAAUGUGGCCUGUUACAUUAGGUUUUGGAUUUGGGCUUGGAAAAGCGUAUUCAGACUGUGAUAGAUAUUUUAAUCCUUAUAAUAUCCCUGGCAUGCAAGUUCAAAACCCAAAUGCAUUUAAGAAAUAA